ACGACAUGACUAGUAACCCGAUCAAGUUGAAAGGCUAUGAAUUCUUUCAAAAGACAUUGAAAUCACCUCGCUUUAUUGUGGGACCUAUGGUAGAUCAAUCUGAACAUGCUUGGCGUAUUCUAAGUCGACGUUAUAAUGCUCAACUAUGCUAUACACCUAUGUUCCAUGCCAGACUAUUUAGCGAUCCUGAAUCUGGUCACAAGUACCGAGCAGAACAAUGGACUACCAAUGAAAAAGAUCGUCCUUUAAUUGUACAGUUCUGCGCCAACGAUCCUGAAAUUCUACUUAGAGCAGCAAAACUUGUCGAAAACGAUUGUGAUGGUGUGGAUCUUAAUCUUGGCUGUCCUCAACAUAUUGCAAAAAGAGGAAGAUAUGGUUCUUUCUUACAAGACGAAUGGGAUUUGAUCAAGUCCAUGGUAUCUACUCUUCAUGAACAUUUGGCAGUACCUGUAACAGUCAAGAUCCGUGUGUUCCCUACGGUGGAAAAGACAGUAGAAUAUGCAAAGAUGAUUGAAGCUGCUGGUGCACAAAUGUUGACAGUCCAUGGACGACUUCGAGAACAAAAAGGACACAAUACUGGUUUAGCGGAUUGGGACAAGAUUAAGGCGGUUAAGGAAGCAGUCAAAAUCCCUGUGAUUGCUAAUGGCAAUAUUUUAUAUCAUGAAGAUAUUCAACGUUGUAUUGAUCAUACAGGUGUGGAUGGUGUGAUGAGCGCUGAAGGUUCUUUGUAUAAUCCUGCUAUUUUUGUUCCUGGACGCUCCAUGCCACCUUGUACAUGGGAAAUGGCUCAAGAAUAUUUGGAAAUCUGUCGGGAUUUGGAACCCUCUACUCGUCCUGGCAUGAUCAAGGCUCAUCUCUUCAAGCUCUUCCAACCUAGUCUUCCUCAUCAUACUGAUUUACGUGCUAAAUUGGGCAAAGCGAAUAACUGGCAAAUGUUUUGGGAUAUCACCAUGGAAUUAAAGGAACGCUUAAAGAAGGAUCAAGAAACUAUUGGUGAGGUGGAAUUGAAUGGCAAGGAAAAUGAAAAAGGAAUCCGACAAUAUGGUCAUUGGCGUUGUCAGCCUUACUUCCGUCCAGCAUUACCUGAAAGUCAACAAUCGAAAAAAGGGGAAAACAAGCGCAAGUUGGAUGCCAGUGGCACUGGGCCUGAAAAUGAACCAAAGAAAUCAAAGGAUGAUCAAUCUCUGGUCGUGGAAGAACAGAAGAUUGUAGUAUAGAUGAUAGAUUGGUUUUUUAUAUAUAUAUAUACCGUGAUUUUUUACUUGAUGAUAAUAACAAUAAUAAUAAUAAAAAUAAAGAAUAUAGAAUUAAAUUAAUAUUUAAAAUUU